GGUGUCGAGCGUCGAUCUGUUUCGCGGUGUUUCGAAUAUUAGCCCGAUGCUAUUUUAAUAAAUUAUUUCACAGGUCUACCGAAAGUGAUGGCUAAUCGUGGCGGUAACGAGUACGAGUGUCGUGUUGCACGACGUGUCAGCGACAAGAUGCCAGUACGUCGAGCUCAUCUCUCUCCUCAGACAAACUACAGCGUCAGGAUGGCAGAACUGGCCAAGAUCUGGUCACAAUUUGGAGAUUUAAAGGAAUCAAUACGUAAAGCAGAAUUGCGCCUGUCACCUAAUGCUGAAGUCGUUGAACUUGACCAACUCAGUUUAUCAGAUUCAUCACACAGUGGACAAAUGUCUUUGUUGGCACCGGCUACUGUCAAUGCCAGUAGCAGUGGAGUGCCUGCAAGGCUGACACUGCAUGAUUUGUCUCAUAGUCAAAACGUUCAACAUCCUCAACAAAGAGGCGAGAGUGAGGAAAACCCAGUGAAGGCAGCGACUCAAAGGCAUGCAAAUGAGAAGGCCAUAUUUAUUGGUGGAAAUACUGGUGAUAGUCACCAGACAAGAGAAGAAAGGAGGCCAAUGAUUGUACCAGCAACUGGAAAUUUUGCAGAUGAUGGAAAGGCACGGAAGAGAAUUGUGGCAAAGAAAUCUAGUCGUGGAGAAAAGAGAACUCAUUUGUUAGGAAGACCAGACAAGCUCGUUGGUGGAGCAAGAGGGACAUUGACUGGAGAAAGAGGCAAAGAUUCUGUUGAUAAAAAGUUUUUACCACUUAAUCAGCUGACCUCGCACACAUCACCACACAAGAUGGAAACUAAUAACAAGCUAGCUCAGGUUCGAGAUGUAGUUAAGAGACAAAGAGAAUCACCAUCUUCUACUGGCAGGAGGUUAAUCAAACUGAGACCAAAUAUAGCCGACAGAGAACACACAAAGACAACAGGACAAAGCCUUAUGACUCGUUCUCACCAUAAGGAAGAAGAUCCUAUUGUUGUGGCUCAAGUACCUGAUUCUGUUGCAGAGUCUGAUUUUCAUUCACCAAGGAAACGAAAGAUAGCAGCUGCUCCUGGUGCUCCUUCCUACAAGGGAUUCAACACAGCACAAACUAGAUUUAAAACAUCUUUGGCAUCAGUGGACACAAGAACAACAUUGUCACAUGAUAGUAGCGCAAUAGAGUCAGGAAGGCUAGUAAAGGGACGUGUGGUCAAUGAUGUACAGUCCAUUGUGAGGACUAGAGACAAUGAACUGAGACAAUAUUCUAAGGCAAGCACAGACAAGAGAAAGGUACCAAUAAGGAAGACUCACAGUGGAAAUGAAGGGAAGCCAAAGAGACAACAUUUGAUAACAGCAUCGUCAUGGAGACAAGGCCAAGCUAUAAGAAGUAGAGUGUUGGGAGAAGUGAGGAAACAAAAGAAAAUGGAAAAUGAAGAUGGAGAUCAUUUACCUCCAACAAGAGACAGUGAGAUGGAAACUAGAGACAAUGAAGAUCUUCAUAUGGUGGAUAAUGUUCCUGUUGAGCUGUCUCAACAUUCAAUAGAGACGUUAACUGAAGAAAGUGAAAUACAUGAGAAUGGAGAUUCUGUGCAUGAUAUCAAGGCCAACAAUUUGUCAUCCAAUGUUGCUACACUCCUAGCUGAACUGCAGGCAUCAGAAACAAAUGACAGAGAGGAGGAUACAGGGAAGAAAGUUGAGACUAAACCAUACAUCAUCAAACGAAAGAGAGAAAUAAGAAGUGAUGGUGCUUUUACACACGCUGUUUCGACAUCCAAUCAUAGUGUGUAUCCUACUGAGAAAGUACGUCAUUACAAUGCUGGAGAAGUGAAGCAUUAUAUGGUGAAGAAAAUGGCUGCUCGUCGACAGAAAGAACGAGAGGAGAAGAUGGCAAAAGAAAGACAGCAAGAAGAGAAACAGCGAAGACUGCAACAGUUGUAUGACUAUCAGAGACGACAUGUUGCUGCUUGUCUACCCAAGCACAAAAGACUGAAAAUGAAUGAAACAUUCUCUAGAAAGAUGGCCAGUGAUGUUUAUGUCCAUGAAGACUCGGAUAAAGAAAAUAGUGACAUGAGUGUAGAAUGGCAGGGAGGCAGGAGAACAGUGACGAGUUUGGUUCGCGAAAGUGGACGAACACAGAAAAACUAUUUGGCAAGGGAAGGAGCUAUGCUACAUGCUGCUGAUGACAGAACUAGUGGUGCAGUUGAACUUGAACAUGAUGAGCAUGACAAAUUCAUCAUUCCUGCAUUGAAGGAAGAAGAAAACAACGAGCAGACAGAAACACCUGCAACUUCUCCACAACAGCUUGUGACUAACGAUCUCCCUGAAGUUUUACAAGUUGAUCUGAGUGAAUCAGACAGGGAGACAGAGGCAGCAAUGAGACAUCCAACAACUGCCAGUAGCUCAAUGGAGCGUCAGACACCAUUGAUCCAGAGUCUUCACGAGUCUGCAUUGUUACUGUCAGAGAGGAUAAAACAGGAAACGAUGAAAUUAACAGAGGCUGGUGUGUUAGCUACUAGUGACAGAGGAACAACUUCUUUAUCACAAAAGCAUCCAACCCAGCAAAGCAUUACUGAAAGAGUAUUCGAAACAAGUGACUUGCCAGGUGUUUCACGUUUGGAUGGACUACAUCACCUCUAUGAAUGGCAGCAGAAUGCUAAACUUAUACAAGAUAAUCAGACAACUGAUAGGCAUGUGACAACUGGUACUGUGUCUGAAAGAGACAAAGAAAGAGUGGUCAGCAGUCAAGGAGUGAGUCAUAGUUUAGUUGCUAAGAGAGAUGAGAUUUCUCAGAUUAGUGAAAUACGUGAUGGAGACUCAUCAUCAUCAAUGUCAACUCAGUCACUCAUUGAGGCAGGAAUAGGAAUGAGAUAUUCUUCUGGGUCAAAUCGAGCUGUGAAUCAACCACUAACGUCUUCUCAAGUGCAAGGACCUUAUCGUUCACCUAAGCAGACUGGUGUGCUACCAUGGCAGCAACAUAAAGGUGAUCGCUAUAGCGUAAUCAACAUCUUUACAAGAAGGCAAACUGAAAAUGCAUCAGCAAGGCAAACGUCCAAUGAAAUGUGGAAAUAUGAAGAUGAUUUUAGUGAAUAUGUGACUGAGUCAGCUGGACUAGUGGAAGAAAGAAGAGAUGACAAUGAGAUGAGAAAUGAGAGUGAAAGUGACAUAGGUUCAACACACAGUUUGAUACAAGAUGAGACUACAGAAAUUUUAAGAGAACCUGAGAAAGCUCAAGAAGAGGGCAUGACUGGGCAAGGAGAGGAAACUAGUGUGAUUUCUUCCAGGUCUUCAUUCACUUCUGAGAGUGAUGAACAGAACACGUUAUUGAUUGAUCAAGACCACAUGGAGACUAGUUCCGAUGUUUCACCUCAAGUUCAUGUAUCAGAUCACACUAAGGGAAUUGAACCAAGGGCAGAACCCGAAAAUAGCAGAAUUACGGCAGACAAGCCGGUUGAUGGUUCUGGUACCGACAGACGUUUCUCUCCUGGUGCUCUUGGGCGUCAGUUUGCUACAGAACUGCAUCUUCUUGAGUCCAUUGAUGAAAGUAUGCACCAAUUAAGCUCAUUAGAGAGAGUACAUUCUGUCUCUCUGGCACAGCAAGAGACCGUGUCUGUGUCACGACUACUGAAAGGAAGGCAGGAGCAGCACAAACAGGAGAUGGAGAGUUUGGCUCAGAAAGUAAAGAAAGAAAUGGCAGCAGUUGAAAGGCAGUUUAUAAAUGAACAAAGUGCAAUAAGAGAAAGCUUGCACCAGUCCAGAAAAGAGAUGACAAGUGCCAGGAAAAGUGCAGAGGAAGCUGUACAGGCUGCAACGAAAAGUCAAACGGAAGUACUACAACAAGUAGCUGAUAUGAAGAAAGAAUUAGACCUGAUUCAUACCACUGCUGUUGCUAGUUCAACUCAAGCUCAAAGGUCGGUUCCUUCAGGUUCACUUAAUGACGUCUCAACAGUGACAGCAGCAGUAACAGCAGCAGUAGAUAGUGUAAUGAAAGGUCGUUUUGACCACUUUGUAAAACAACAAGAGCAAGCCACCAUGACAAGUGAUCAAGACCACAGUAUGAUGUCAUCAGCGAGUGAGAUUACUACCAGUGGCUCAUUGCACACGGCCAGUUUGACUAUAGGAAAUGGUCAAAGUGAAGAGGGAGAUUCUUCUGUUCUAGAUGAUGUCGUGCCUGUGACAAGUUCAGACAAAGGAUUGUCAGUUCAGUCAAAAUACACAACAGAGCAUGACCAAAGUUCAGCCUCUCAAAGGGGCUUUGAAAGUUCUGCUACAAUGUCUCACACAGCAGCCAAAGAUUACACCUCAUUGUCAUCUGCACUACCAGACAGGACAAAAGAAGUUACAGUUGAACUGUCUAAUGAGAGUGGCAAUCUUGUGUCUGGGCGCACAAGUGUGCAUUCUCAAGGACAUUGUGUCAGUACUGUAAAUAUUGAUUUAACAACAAAGAGCUUGGUCAAUUCAAAAGAAGAAAAAGGGACAGGAACAAGGGAAGAGGGAACACCUACGGUCACUUAUUCAAUGCAGUUUGAAGAUUCUGAAGUCACGGCGACAGCAGAGGAAAGCAAACCAGAAAGCAACGGUGUGGUGGAUCAGCAAUCAUUCCGGCUGCUCUUGCCAUCCGAAAGUCACAGACGACGGCAGAAAGAAUCUGCAAUGGCUGCAUUGAAGGCAUUGCCACUGACUUCUCCAACCGACUCACAGGAUGAUACAACAGUCCCUGGUCAUGACUCUAUGUCUCCAUUUGGAGCAGGUGACUCGUUUGAUUUCUUUACAGCUAAGAUGGCACAACAGCUACUGCAAGAUGAGGAAAUGAGAGCACAACAUCAAUCAGCUUUGUUGAGACUGCGUGAAAAAGCAUUACGUGAGAAGGCAAAGGCUGAACUGGCAUGGUUGAAGCACAAGGAGCAAAGACUUCGAGACAAGGGAGAAGAUGACAAAAUGCCUCCAUUAGAAAAGCGUCGUCGGGACAUACUGACUAAGCUACGAUCUGAUGGAGCAGAGAUUAAGCGUCUAAGAGCAGCUAACAAGGCAGCCAGCCAUGAGCGAAAACUGCUUAUGUUUCAGCAGAGAGAAAUAUCCAAGAUGCAUGAAACAACCAAGUUUUAUCUUGGUCGAUUGAAACGUGAAUCUCCUGAAAAGGCUCAUCGCUUAUCUGAUAUCUCAUUGGGAGAAUCACCUAAGUCUUCCAUUCCUGGAGGAGAAGAGCCUAGUGAGACAGACCAUGAGGUCAGUGAGAUGGUUGAUAUGGAAACAGGAAGUGUAACGAUUGCUGGUGACAGUAAUCUCAAGCAAGACACGCCUCACAGUAAAGUUAUCAGCAAUUCACAAGAUAAGUUACAAAAUGCAGUUCCAGUUACUGUUGUCUCCCAUUCACCUGCUCAUUCUGCCUCACGGACAGUCAGUACAGUGUCUAGUGUACCAGAGGAAAUAGCAACUAACAAUGAGAGCCAAAUAUCUGUGAAGCAGAGAUCCAACGUUGUUGUAAGUGAUAGUCAACCAACUACCCUUAUGACACCCAAAGGCAGAGAACAAUUGAGUAAUGGAAGGCCAACAUCUCUCUCAACUGAACAUGCUUCAUUGACCAGUUUGGGCAUCUUACCUGUCCAUUCCCUUCAUUCUCUCUCAAUGGUAGAUAGUGAUUAUCAUCAGCAAGUUUCUCUAACUCAGUCACCUACAGGACAGAUAACAACAGCACAAGGAGAUUCGUCACCUCUCAGUGUGAUGAGUCCUUCGUCAUCUGAUAAUGGAGUUAUGAAAGGUCUACGUCGGCUGGAAGCUCAGUCAUCUGAACGGUAUCUAACUAGAAGAGAACAAAAGCUUAAGAAACGACGUCAGCAAACAGAAAGAAUUUUAAAGAGCCGCAGGGAACUGUUGGAGUGGCAAAAACGCUUAGACGAAGAAGAAGCAGAAUUGCAAAAAAUGGUGGAGGAAGCAAUGGGUAUGAAGAUCAAGAAAUCACAACCAAGAGAUAUCAAUGGCAAGAAGCAAAUUCAUGUCAAAGAUGGCCAUCCUUCACCUGGAAGUGUUAGUACUAGAAGUCGAGGUUUUUAUUCAACAUCUGAUGCAGAUGUAGUUGAAGAGUGUGAAGAAUCAUCCACUGCCACAGUUAUAGAUGAAGCAUCUGUUGGUACAGACUAUGGUAGCGAGACGUUUGAGUCUUUAGACAAGACUGCAACAUCACAAAGUAAUAGUGCUGCUCAGACUGUUACUUUGAUGACACACACAGACAUUGCACCAACAGCAACAGAUAGAGAAAGUCAAACUGAAACUUCACAUAAAAAGACAAGUGAUAUUGAGAAAAGGAUUACCUUACUCAAGGAAGAACUAAGUAGACGUAAGGCUGAAGCAAAGAGAUUACGUGAAGAGAAAAGGCUCAGGAAACAAGCUUUGCUAGAAGAACAGGAAGCACGGCUAAAAUCUGCACUCAACACUAUAGAAAAACAAAUCAGCAGAGACAAACAAGAGCUCACUAAGAAGCCUGCUGCACUGCUUCCAACAGAAGACUCAAUAGCAGCUGUCGCUCUGUCUGAUCAACUUAAAAUUAGAGAAAAGGCAGAAGUUGCAGCAAAUGAGCAGACAGUUGAACAGAUACAUGAGUCAAUGGAGACACCAGCUCGACAUGAUUUAUCAACAUUUAGCACUUUUAGUGAAACCAAGAGGAGUGGACUGUCUCGGCUGCAGUCAUAUGACACAUUGACAUUCAUUAAUUCAUCUGUCAGUUAUCCGCGUGGUUCAACUCAACUGGGAGAUCAACAAGACACAGAGACUCCAAACGAAGAUGGAAUACAAGAUGCUGUACAAGAUACUCAUGUUGCAUUGCAAGAAGAACAAAGUAGUUUGUCUGUAGCUGUUGAUAUUGGUUCAGUUCACGAUGAGAGUGUUUUGUCUGUUCCUGGUGAUCAACAUGUCACUACGGCAGUGUCAGUUAUCCAGGAACAACAACCAUCUUCUCUCAAGACAGACACAGUUGACUCAUUUGGAGGUAGUCUUUCAUCUAGCACUCCCAAGAAAUUGGCUUCAACACACGUAAUAUGUGAUAGUCUUCCUGAUGUGGAUAAUGUCAGGGUACUUUCAGCAGAAGCAAGCUACAGUGACACAUUCAUCCCAUCUGUACAGAGCCUUGGCUCUGUCCCUAGUGUGAGAUCAGAAGAUGCAGUAAAAUCAACAUCUCAACGUCAACCAGUCAUUGAUGUGAGUGAGUCUGAUGAAGAGUUGGUUACUGUGGAAGUGGACAAGACACAGUCAUUAGGUUUGCAACUUGAAGUUGGUGAUCGUGUGCUGGUGGGUGGAAACAGAGCUGGCUUGUUGCAAUAUUUGGGAACUGUUCAUUUUGCUAGUGGAGUUUGGGCAGGUGUGGAGUUGGAUUUGCCAAGAGGGAGUCAUGAUGGACAGUAUGAGGGUUGUAGAUAUUUUCAGUGUGCUGAUCAUCAUGGAAUAUUUGUGGCUAAUGACAAUGUCCAACUGCUACCAGUGGAUCAGCAUGAUGCAGCAAAGGAAGAGCAAAUGAUAAUCUCGUUACCAAAUGUCAAGACUUCACAUUCAGAGGAUAUAAUUCAUACAGAUACUGCAGCAAUGGAUCCCACAGUUGAAGAGCAGCAAUCGAAUAAGGUGCAGGAAGAGGUUGUUGACUUAGAUGAACCUGUUGCAUCACUCCAAGAAUCUGUAAGUGAUGAUAUUACUCCACUGGCUGAUGAUGACAGCGAAUUGCAGAGGAUAAUUAGUUCAGCAGCUGAAGCAGUUGAAUCUUUCCGAAGGUCUCUUUCACCAGCUAUAUCUACAGAUCAAGAUGAAACAUCACUUGGUGAGUUUGAGAGGCCUGUGACUUCUGCAUUACGUCAGUCUCUGACCCCUGAAAUUCCAACUGUAGAAGACAGUACACAGCUGGAGAAAGGAGAGAGAGCAGUGACAGGAGAGCAGUUGACUAUGAUAACUGGGAGACAGUUUGAGGAUGAGAUCGACCAAAUGACAAGAUCAGUCAUGGACCUGCUUGUUUCUGACUCUCUAAAUGUUAUGAUAAAUGUUAGCAAGGACAAAAACAGCCAACAGGAAGCUAAGUCUGCCACAACUGCCUUGCAUGUUACUUCAGUAUUUAGAGAUGCCUUGCAGCACGAGGACCAGAACAUAAACUUACAAUAUGAGAAUGUUGUUAAUCAGCUACUCGUCAUGUUGUUUGGCGAGGCUGUUGCUGACAUGAAAGCACUUGUUGAGAGAAAAUCAGAGCAGAAAUACUACAUCGUUAGACAUGAAGAUGAUUACGAUACAAGCCUGGACAACUCAUCUUUAAGCAUCUCAUCAGGAAUUUCAGAUCACGAACCUCAAAUUUUGUCUCCAGAUUAUGACACAAAAUUUCCUGCCAUUCUUAUUGAGAAUCGAGAAGAACUCCAGCAAGCUUCAGCUUUAGUUGAAUCAGAAGAUAUUGCAUUUUCUAUCCCUUUCAAUAAGGAAACGGUAAAUCAUGUUGUUAGGACGUCAUUAGAUAAGGAAGAGGUCGUGCUAUCUGGUGAUGAGCAUCAGGUGGCAUUUAUUGAAUUGUUAAAUGAUGCUGUUCAAGAAGUGAGCCAACAGUUGUUGCCAGUAAAGAGAGAUGAUGAAAAUAUGGAGAGGUUUAUGUGGAAAAAGCCAAAACGGUAUCAUGGUGCAGAAAUACGCCGUCUUAAGACAUCCAGACAAGUGUCAAAUCAUGUUGGACUAAUGCAUUUGGUAGAAGAGGAACUGUGUAGUUUUCUAGGACUGAAUGCUACUGCAUCUGAUUCUCAAGAGUACAUCAAUAAUGCUUCAAAGGGUAGAUGGACAAACAUCAAGACUAAGACUAUUGAAGGCAUUCUGGUCGAAGAACUUCGUAAGGAGGAAUCACAAUGGAUUGAUUAUGAUGAAGAUGAAACUCACGUAAAAUUUCAACUUGCUGAUGGAAUAUUGGAUACACUCCUACAGGAAACAGCCAUUGUAGUCCAAGGUGUUAAAAAUGAAAAAUUAGCUAGACAAGACUCAAGUUAUUGAGGCCUUCUAUUUCCAUUUCAUUGUAUGUCAUCAGGGAGAUUUGGACUACAUGUAGUGCAUAUAUAUAGCAGCAUCAAUAUGAUAUAGGAUAUUAUAAUACCGAUUCUAAAGCA